AUGGCGACGGCGACAAAGAAAGACGGCCAGAAGAUCGUGGCUUACGAUCCUGAAAAUGUGUUCAAAAAGAUUCUCGAAGGCAAAAUCCCUUGCCACAAGAUUUUCGAGACGGAGCACGUCAUCGCCAUCCUCGACGCCUUUCCAGCAGUCGAGGGUCACUCGCUUCUCAUUCCAAAGGCGAACGUUGCGUCUGUCUUCGACCUCGAUCCGGAAACAGCGGCGAAUCUGUACAAGGAACUUCCUCGGCUCUGCCGGGCGGUUCAGCAGGCGACGGGGUGCGAAGGCGUGAACGUACUCCAGAACAACGGAAAGGCUGCCGGUCAGGUCGUCUUCCACGCGCACGUGCAUGUCGUUCCCCGGUACUCCGGAGACCAGCUGUUCAAGCAGUUUGCGAGUGCCAAGGAGAUGAUUCAGCCUCCCCAGGCCGAGUCGAUCCUUGCGAAAAUCAAGGCGCACCUCUAG